GAUCACUUCCCACUUCCCUCUGCCAGGACUAACACCAGGAAACAGCUGAUCCAGCUCGGUCCUUCACUCACUCGUCUUCAUCAAAUCAAGAUGAGAACGUUAUUGUUGUUGCUUCUCUUCUGUCACGUUUCAUCACCAGUCAGACACUCCCUGAAGUUCUUCUUCACUGCAUGUGUCGGAGUCCCGAACCUGCCGGAUACGGUGUUGGUUGUGAUGGUGGAUGGAGUCCAGUCGGGGUACUGCGACAGCAACAGAAACCUGAGGCCAACGCAGAACUGGGUGAAAAGCUUAUUACGACAAGACCGUCGGCAGGUGGACUGGUACCGAACCGAGUGUUUCGAGAGACAGCCGAACUUCUUCAGAGACACGAUGCGCAGUUGGAUGCACCUCCUCAACCAGACUGGAGGUGUCCACAUUUUACAGAGGAUAAGUGGCUGUGAGUGGGACGAGGAGACGGGAGAGGUUGUUGGUUUUAAUCAGUAUGGUUAUGAUGGAGAAGACUUCCUAUCACUGGACAUGAGGACAUUAACAUGGACUGCCCUGAAGCCACAGGCUGUCACUGCCAAACUGAGAUGGGAUGCUGACACAGCCAGAAUCAACCACAACGAUAAUUACCUCACUAAGGUUUGUCCUGACUGGCUGAAGAAGUAUGUGGACUAUGGGAGGAGCUUCCUGCUGAGAACAGAGCUUCCCUCAGUGUCUCUCCUCCAGAAGACUCCCUCCUCUCCAGUCAGCUGCCUCGCUACAGGUUUCUACCCUCACAGAGCCUCACUCGUCUGGAGGAAAGAUGGAGAGGAGCUUCAUGAGGAGGUGGACCACGGAGAGAUCCUCCCCAACCACGAUGGAACCUUCCAGAUGAGGGUUAACCUGAACCUUUCAUCAGUCACACCUGAAAACUGGACCAGGUACGACUGUGUGUUUCAGCUGUAUGGUGUGAAGGAGGACAUCAUCACCAGACUGGAGGAAGAUCGGAUCAGAACCAACUGGGGAAAAACUGUGUUAAGUAGAAACAUCGAGAAAGAGGAACCCAGUAAACACACCAUCCUGAUUAUUGUCAUACUGGUUGUUAUUGCUGUCGUCCUGAUCGCUGUUAUUGGAUUUAUUGUUUACAAGAAGAAGAAAGCUCAGCCCAGUACUUCCUCUUCCGGUGAACAAGGCUCUGGAGGAGAAAGGGAAAGGAUGAAAGAGUUUCACAGCUGCCCGACCCAAAGCUCUGGUAUUUGAUGACCUGGGAA